UAGAUAAAUUAAACAGAAAACGAUCAAUGUUUUAAAGCUUAAUAAUUCCCCAUUUUAAUCUUAAUCCCUUAAGAAAACAGGGGAAAACUUAUAUCUAAAAAUAAAACUGUUUCUUUCUUAGAGAAAAAAGAGACCAAACAAAUAUUUUUAAAGAUGGUUAUGGCUAGCCUGUUAAAGUUGAUGUUAGUGUUUUGUAUUGCUGGUCUGAUUCCGACCAUACAAGCCGACAUGUCUGAGUUGGACGAAUAUUGGUCCCAAAGAGCCGACGAGGCCCGAGAGUUUACUCUUCAAGCUUAUCAUUCUGAUCCUUAUGAAAUCAUCGAUCACUUUCACGAAAGUCAUUACGACAACUCUACUGAUAUUACACCGACCGAGGAAGCUAGCAACGCUAAGCCUGAAGAGGUGGAAAAUGAAGUCAUUGAAAUGGUCGGAUCCGGAGAUAACUCGACGAACAGCACGAGACGAAGCUUAAGAGGCAAAGGCAAAGGAAAAUGGAGUAAGCUCAAGGGACCGUGUACCGCAAGUAACCCUAUAGAUAAAUGUUGGCGUUGCCGUAAGAACUGGGCUAAGCGUCGCAAGAAGCUUGUCAAAUGUGUACGUGGGUUCGGACACAUGACGGUCGGUGGAAAACAUGGACGCAUCUACGUGGUCACAAGCAACCUCGACGAGGACGUGGUGAACCCUGAACCCGGGACGUUGCGUCACGCCGUGAUUCAGGAGGAGCCUCUCUGGAUCAUUUUCAAGAACGAUAUGAGCAUUCGUUUAAACCAAGAGCUUAUGAUUAAUAGCUUCAAGACCAUCGAUGCGCGAGGAGCUAAUGUCCAUAUCGCGCAUGGCGCGGGGGUCACGAUGCAGUUUGUUAGACAUGUUAUUAUCCAUGGGUUGCAUAUUCACCACAUAUCUGAGAGUAGCGGUGGUAUGAUCCGUGACUCGGCGGACCAUUUCGGAAUGAGGACUAGAGCCGAUGGGGACGGUUUGUCUAUAUACGGUUCGUCUAACAUUUGGCUUGACCAUGUCUCCAUGUCGCAAUGUCAAGAUGGACUCAUUGAUGCCAUUGUUGGAUCCACUGCCAUUACAAUCUCCAACUCUCACUUCACUCACCACAACGACGUGAUGUUGCUUGGUGCUCAAAACACUUAUGACUUAGACAAAAAGAUGCAAGUCACAGUGGCUUAUAACCAUUUUGGUAAAGGACUUGUGCAGAGGAUGCCAAGGAUCAGGUGGGGAUUUGUUCAUGUUGUGAACAAUGACUACACUCAUUGGGAGCUGUACGCUAUCGGAGGCAGUCAAAGUCCGACAAUUCUCAGCCAAGGAAACCGAUUCAUUGCUCCUCCACACUUACCUCAUUACAGAGAGGUGACAAAGAGAGACUAUGCACCGGAAGAAGAGUGGAAACACUGGAACUGGAGAUCUGAAAAAGAUAUAUUCAUGAACGGAGCUUAUUUUAGACAAUCUGGAAAUCCUAAUUACGAAACUGAUCACACCAGACGAAACAUGAUUAAACCGAAAAAUGGAUACGCUGUUUCAAAGCUGACCAAAUACGCAGGAGCACUUGAUUGCAGAGUCGGAAGACGCUGUUAGACCAUUUCCUUUUUGAUUACUUGUCUGAAUUAAAGACAACAAACGUUUUUGAUUUUUUUUUGCUUCUAUCUAGUUCAGGAAAUAAUGAAUUAAGGGGUGAAAAUGAAAAACGUUAUAACUUGUAAAUGUAUUUUGUAUUUUUCUGUAUAAGAACAAAAAAAGAGAUGUAAAAAAAGUAAGUAAAUAUAGCUAAUUCUUGUA